AGAUGAUUCAGGAAGUAGCGAAAGGAAGAUGCACGGCACCGCAAUGAUGCAGGAGAGUGAGAGGAAACUUGUAGAGACGUAAACAUUAAAACUCCUCGGAUUGGAAAAGCGCCAGGAUGACAUCUUCAGCUCGACCUCUAACAGAUCUUGAUUUCUGUUCGGGAUCUCGGAUUGAGGAGCUAAAUAAACUUAUGGAAGAGCUUGAGAGACUGGAGGACAUUACACUAAAGGGAAAAGAGGUCCUACAAAACUGUGUGCAGGCAAAGGACUACAUUUUUUCAUUGCUGGGCCAUAUACAACCAAUCCCCAAUCUCAAAUCACUUCUUCUCCUCUCAGGAGGCCUGUGCUCUGGCUCCCUUGAUGUUUCCCCCAUUGACUUGGGCUCUCCCUCCCCUUUCCCCUCUCCUUCCAUAUCUUAUACUCUCCUAGUUCCCAUUCUGAGCCUUUCCUCUUAUGAAAAUCUCACCCAGUCCUCACCCUGCCACUUCUCUGUCCCUUAUUCUCUGUGGGAUCCUCCACCCCCUCAACCUCCAUCCAAGGAAUCCUUUGUAACCCCCCAUACGGUCUCCCUCUGGUUCUCCCACUCCAUUUUAUCAGCUGCCUCCAGCUUUCCUCCUUCUCCUCAUCUUUGUUUGGAGAAAGCGGAUAUCUGGGGCAACUGUGCCUCUGUCCUUCUUUCUACUCCUAGCGGCCUUCUCCGAUUUGAUAUUGUACCAGUGGUGGAGGUUCAGGGAUGGCCACCAGGAACACAAUAUUUGGAGGAGUGGGUUAUUAAAGAAGGAGAUUUUCUUAGGCACUUCCACCUCCUACCCUGGGGAGCAAAUGACCAAUGGAGAGUAGGAUUCCCUGGUGUAGAAUUUUCCAUGCGGAGAAGCCUGUACCCAACUCUCUCUAGAGUGUUGAGAGCAUGCAUAGCCAUCCUGGGACCUUUUCUUCUAGAAGAAGGAGAACCAGGGCCUUACAUAGUGUGGGCUACUCUAUUACAUGCCUGUGAGAGGUUGCCUACUGGAUUUUUAUGUAGAGAACAGAAUGUGGCGCUCUGUCUUUUGGGGCUCCUGGACGAACUAUCUCUUUCAUUCUUGCGGGGCUCCUGUCCAAAUCCAUUCCUUUCUGGAUGUGAUCUUUUGAAAGGAAGUUGUAAGGGCCCGUGCCUUGCCCGUUGGGUUUCCGAGAUCAGGGCAAAGCCAGUGACUUGCCUGAGAAAAGUGGUGAGGGAGGCCAAGGGAGCAAUCAGAGGAGGUGAGAGAGAAGAGAGAGAAGAAAAAGAAGAGAUAAUGGAAACAGCAGAGAAGGGAUCAACAUGUUACCCAAGUUAGAGUUUCCUUUAACUUAGUACUGUCUUAUUUGGUAACUACAAUAGCACUAAUAAUAGGGCUAGCAUAACAUUGUUUAACAGUACAAUAAUGUCUUAUAGUUGUUAAAUUGUGUUAAGAUUCUAAUAAAUAUAAUUUGCUAGUAUAAUAUUAUUCAUGGAUUGAAAAAUAUCAGGAGUCAGGGAGACAUGGAUCUUAGAAUUUUUCUUCUGGUCCCUGAUUUUUGCAUUAUUCUAUAUUAUUUAAAACAAUUUUGUAUGGUUUCUUAAAUUAAAAUAAAUUAAAAGUAAAAAGUGUGAACCUCAAUAUAACAUAUCCAGGUAUAACUAAUCUAAUAUUGUAUUGUUUAUUUUAAUGAUCUGGGCUGCAAUUAGUAUGGUAAUUAAUAAUUAAAGGGCCAUAUUACUUUAAAAAAAAACUUCUAGGAUGCAAAUGAAAAAGCAGCUUGUAAAUAUUGUGGUGUUUGUAAAAGGUUAAAAAAAGGUUUAAAUUAACAUGAAGUGCCUUAUUGUGUGUAUAUGGGUCCUUGCUUAUUGGCUGAUAGGGACAGCUCCCACUUAAGUUCUGUUUUAUUUAGAACUGAGAAUCAUGUCCCUAAAAGGACAUUGCAGCAACAGUUUUCUAUCAUUCUAAUGCAAAAGUACUGUAAUUUAUUAUGUUAAUAGUUUUGCAUGAAAAAUAGUAACUAUAUAUGAAAGAACCAGAAAAUAUACAUUUGUUCAUAGCUGAUACUGAAGUCUCCUUUCCACACUUGCUAAUAGGGCAUGUGUAUCAGCUGCAUUGGCCAUGAGUGACAAGCUGUGCAAGAAAUAUAUGGUUAUUUGGCAACAGAAAUGCAUAGUUCAAAAACCAUAUAAUUGAUUAGAUAAGAAAACAAAUACCAUGUUGUUGUUUUUUCUGAAUGGAUAUUCUUUUAUUAUGAUAAAAUUCUGAACUUUG